UUUGUCGGAAACGUUGAAAUACUUUGUCCUCUCGGCUGAACGCUUGAGCCAAAUGACAAAGACUUACAAUGAUAUCGAAGUCGUUACCAAACUCUUGAGAGAAAAGGAACGGGACCUGGAAUUGGCGGCCAGAAUAGGCCAGACGUUGUUAGAACAGAAUAAGGUAUUGUCCACCCGUUCCGACGAACUCGAGACAGAAUUGUCCACUACUAACGAAGCGGUCGAAAAACUUAAGUUUGAAUUGUUUAACACUAGUGAAAGGGUUUGUGCGCUUUUAUUGGCUUUUAAUUUAUAAUUAAAAUUAAUUAUUAUAACAUUGUAU